CAGAGGGCGUUGAGUGUACAUGUUGAAAGAUGGCAGUUACGGGUUUUUAUUUUUCGGAAAAUGUUCCUCCAGAUGCUGUAAUAUCGGACUUUCAGACUAUGAAUAAGUUAAACUUUGAGCAAUUCAGUCAGCUGGUGGAAAUAGUCUUUCAGUUCCUUGCAGGAAAGCAUAAUUCAACAGAAUUGCUACAGCACUUAGGAACAUUUUCAGAGAAACAUGGGGUCAAUCUGAGUGGAUUAAGGAAUAUUAUGAAGAGUCUGCUGCUUGUACCACAAGGAGGUCUGAAAAGAGGAAUUACAGCAGCACAGAUGAGAGCAGAUGCUGUUAAACUUGGUUUAAGUGAAGACAAGGCAGAACACUUGUCGAAAAAGUGGGAAAGUGACUAUUCUGCUCUUGUGCAAACAAGCUUAAACCAGAUCAUCAGUGUGAACCAGUUGAUAGAUAUGGAAUGGAAGUUUGGAGUGACUGCAGCCAGCAGUGAAAUCAACCAAGUGGGAAAUACCUUCUUGCAGAUGAAACUAGUUAUUGAUAAAGGCAAUGGACAAGUGGAAAAUAAAUUUCUAGAGCUUUCUCUGGCACAGUUUUAUUCUUUUCUUCAUGAAAUGGAAAGAGCAAAAACUAGCUUAGAGUUUUUGGUUUAAUAGAACCUGGGAAGAGCUUGGUGGAUCAAGUUGAUUAUUUGAUGAUUUCACAAAAGUUGGCAGCCCAGUUUCAGGCUACCAGUAAUAAAAAUAUUAGUAAUAAAAACUUUCAAACAUGAUUGAGAUAGUAGCAAAUCACAGGUUUUGAAUUUACUUACCAUUUAAAUAUUGUAUAUGUAAUAUAUAUAUGUAUAAACUUUAUCUGCAAAGAUUAUAACUUUUGUACAGGAUUUUGACUGUCCAUGACAAUUUUCACAAUGUAGUGCAUUGUUUUGGAAUUUUAUAUAUAUUUUAGCUCUUUGUUCUUCAUGCUGGUCAUGAAUACCACUGAGGCUGAUAAGCAGUUUACUGACAUGAUUUCCUAAUUUGAUGCUGAAUAUAUCAAGAAAUGUACUGUAUGUUUUGUAGGCUUUCCUGCCCAAAGUAGUACCAGACAGUCUAUUGAAUGACGUUUUUUUCACACAUUUCUUGGUAUAUUUUGCAUAACUUAUGAAAUCAUGUCAAUACGCUGCUUAUUAGUUGGACCUCUUCAUGCUGUUUUAUCAGAACUUUACUCAAACUCUUCUAAGAAUAAAUGAAGAAAAGUUCACCUUUCAAAAGCACUCAGGUUACAGGGUUUUUAUAAUUUCAUAUUCUUGAACCCAUGUGUUUUUCUGACAUCAUGAAUGAUUCAUAUAUGUGGUUGUAUUCAUUAACACUUAUAAUAGGAAUUAUCCUAUUGGCAACUGAAUGAGCAAAAUAACAUCACUUUUAAUGGAAACAUCAGCACAAAAUGAAAAAGAUUUACUGCACAAACACUUCUUUAAGACCACAUUUACAGGAAAUGUAGAAGUAACUGUGACACUCAGCAUUUUCUUAGUCUUUCAUACAAAUUUAAAUUUCAGAGCUGGAUAGUUCAUAACAGUAUAAUUACAGAGACUGGAAUAAUAAAAUCCAGCUUAGCUGAGUGCAGAAAAUAUGUCCUAAGGAAAUGCUCCCAGGCUAAGUAUGUUGUAUGUAUAUGUAUAUAAAAAUGGCAUAGCCAUAGAAUUCGAGCCAAAAAAUUUAUGACAUAUAUAUAUAUAAAUGUAUACACACAAUAUAUAUUACAGUUUUCUUGUUUAUUCAGAGAUGGCUCAACUUUUGUCCUGAAACACAUCUGGAAUUUGCAAUUCCUUUGACAAGUGCCAAAUGAAAUUGUCACUCCCAUGAAAUGUGGGCACAUGUAAGGUGUAAAUGAAAGCAUAAUUGGCAAAAUCUCUGGUCUCGGAAGAGGCCGUGUACAUAACACCAAAAUCUGGGCAACCGUCCAGAUCAGCAAAGUCAAAUAAGCUACCAGAAAGUCAUUUAUCCAAUUCCAUAUCUAAAAAAACAAAUGUGCAUUGUGUGUUAUAAGGUAGGGAAAAGAAUUGCAGUACUGACAUCCAUAUAGCUGUAGUACUAGUCUCUGCACAGCCCUAUGUUUUAAGUUAUACACGCAAAGGGAAACUAUUAGGUAAGUUAUGUAAACCAAAAGUACCUCACCAUCAAUUUAAAUAGGAAACAUAUCUAUUCUCUUUAACUUCCAUCAGGGACACAAGUGGAUGUGUGGAUCCAUUAUCAGUUUAUAAUAAUGUAAAGUUGUCUGUGGGAAGAGUAGUGGAGGUGAAUAAUAAUACAAUGAAACUUACACCAAGCAACAUUACAGAACUUUCAAACAACCUGAGACAAGUUAAGAUAUGAAAAAAAGGGCUUUACUUCAUGUCAGGAUCAGUAACACACACUGUUUUUAAAAUAUGCAAGUAUAUUUAAUAAACUUGAAUAUAAUUAAAGCAAUUGUUGUGUUCAACAGUUAAAACUAACAAAGAGCUUUCAAAUGAAACUUACUGAGUCAACGUUUGGGUGAAAACAGUGAAUAAAUCAUUUUACAUGUGUGUUUGUGUAUAUUUUUUGGGUGCUACCAUAAAACUGACAGUACAUUACACAUGAACUCACUAACAGCAUAAAAAAAUUAAUACAAUUCCACAUAAACUAGAGCACAUGUUAAAACACACAACUCAGUGAGUACCCAUGAGGUAUAUUCAAUAACAAAUUAUCAUAAAACAUGAUGUAACUACACAACACAACAGUGUCACUAACAUAUAAUAUGCACUGAGAGUGUUAUCUAUUAUACUGGUGUUACAUGAACACAGAAGUUCACAGAAAACAACACUGUAAACAUAAUAUAUUCCACUAAAAGUGGUCUCGUACUUCCCAUACAAGAUUGGUUGAUGUAACCAAACUUGUAAUCACAAAGUAAUAAUCAGUUUCAAUACUAUAAUUUUUAAUAUGUUUUGUGUAUUUUCAUGAAAUUUGGCAAGCUUUCAGUAAACAUUACAAGUCAUUUUGUACAUAAAAAAUCAGAUUUGUCUGUGAAAGUGUUGACUGCAAAGUUAUUUUCAUGUUAAGAUUAAAAAUACUUUCCUUUUUCUGAAAAUUUUCGAAUUUCGUUUUUGUAACCUCUGAAAUCUCCUAAAUAAAUAUUAAACUUUUUUUCAGUUAAACUUUAUAAUUUGAACACUGAAGACCAUACCAAAUAACUUUGUGAACAUAAUAUAUUCCACCAAAUGUGGUCUCUAAUACACUGGUGUUCCAUGAGCAAUCAACCAACAACUUCAUAUUACAGUGGAAGUAAACACAAAAGUACCUUAGUACAGUAAAACAUGUUUAUCACUCCUGAAAAUAAUACAAGUUUAAGUAACUCACAGUGUACCCUGGAGAUGAUCACAACAACCAUUUAUUUCAGAGGUCAUAAACCAUGUAUUGUUAAGAACAUAUACAAAGUGAACCCUCUUGAACUGUUGUUUCCUAGUAUUUAAAAAUUAAACUGUUUCUGGCAUUCAUGUAGUUAUUGUGAAUAAGUUUAAUAAAACUUGUCAUUCUAAAUCAGA